AUGUUCACCAGACAGUUCUUCCGCCCAGCUAGGCAGCUGCAGCAGCAGGUUCGCCGUUAUGCAUCUGACGCGCCCAAGUCCGGCAGCAACAGCGUCCUCUACACUGGUGUCGGUGCCGCUGGUCUUGCCGGUGCUUACCUCUACAUGAGGGGCGGCACUUCGCCAUCUGGUCAGCAGGGCAACGCUCCUCCAUCUGCUGAGGAGAGCAAGAUCCCCGCCUCUACCGGCGAGGUCAAGAAGGCCUUCACAGGUGGUGAUCAGGGCUUCCUUUCGCUGGUCCUCGAGAAGUCAGAGAUUGUCAACCACAACACCAAGAAGCUUACCUUCAAGCUCCCCGAGGAGGACCAGGAGAGCGGUCUGCCCGUUGCCUCCGCCAUUAUCACGAAGUACAAGGGCCCCGAAAUGAAGAAGCCCGUCAUUCGCCCCUACACUCCCAUUAGUGACGUCGAUCAGAAGGGUACCGUCGACUUCAUCAUCAAGAAGUACCCCGGCGGCCCCAUGUCCGAGCACAUGCACAACCUCGAGCCUGGGCAGCGACUGGACAUCAAGGGUCCUAUCCCUAAGUACCAGUGGUCAGAAAACAAACAUGAGCACAUCGCCUUAAUUGCUGGUGGAACUGGUAUUACACCAAUGUGGCAGACUGCUCGCGCUAUCUUCAAGAACCCCAACGACAAGACCAAGGUCACUCUGGUGUUCGGAAAUGUCUCUGAGGAGGAUAUUCUCCUGAAGCGCGAGUUCGAGGAGCUCGAGAACACAUACCCCCGACGAUUCCGUGCCUUCUACGUCCUCGACAACCCACCUGAGCAGUGGCAGGGCGGCAAGGGCUUCAUCACAAAGGAGCUUCUGAAGACUGUCCUCCCCGAGCCCAAGGAGGGCGAGAAGAUUAAGAUCUUUGUCUGCGGACCACCCGGCAUGUACAAGGCCAUCAGCGGUGGCAAGAAAAGCCCUCAGGACCAGGGCGAGCUUGAGGGCUACCUGAAGGACCUUGGAUACAGCAAGGACCAGGUCUACAAGUUUUGA